AUGGUCAGCAAGAAAAGAGGCUCAGAGCCUAACUCGUCCUCCUCGGUUCAGCGUCAGCGGAAGAGGAUUAAAACAUCUGACCCAACUGAAGAUGUCAAGACUCAGACUCCCUCUGUGCUUCGACCAGAAGAGGUAGACUUUCCAAGAGGCGGGGGCACCAGUUUUACGCCAGUCGAGUACAAGGCAAUAAGGGCUGAAGCUAUAAAGGAACUUAACGAUGAAGACGUCUUCGGGGAUUCUGCUGCACAAAACAAGCCAUCCAAGAAGGCCAAGCGAGUAAAGUCAGCAUCGAGAUCUGCUAAAAAAUUAUCUACCGAAGUGCACAAACCAAAAUCAUCGGGUGUUCGAGUUGAGCAUCUAAACUACAAACGUAUUGUCCCUGGAAUGAAACUGUUGGGUCAAAUCGUUGCAGUUUACCCAUUCAGCUUGAUUGUCUCGCUCCCUGAUCAACUACUUGGACAUGUUCCAAUCACGCAUAUUUCUUCGGAAUUAACAAGUGCAUUGGAGGCUGCUGACGCAGACGAUGUAUCGGAGGAAGGUUCAGAGUCUGAAGGGCAUGCUAAAGACCCACCGGACCUGACCGAUCUAUUCCAAACCGGUCAGUACGUCCGCGCGGUAGUCUCUUCUGUCAAACCUCCUGGCAGUACGGACGGACAGAUCUUCAGCCAUUCCAAGGACGGCGUAGAGAAGGCCAGCCGUAGGGUGGAACUGAGCCUUAUACCUGAACAAGUUAAUUCUGGACUUAAUAAAUCGGACCUGAAGAAAGGUCAUACACUUUGCGCGGCAGUGAAGAGUGUAGAGGAUCAUGGUUACGUUCUAAAUAUUGGACUACCGGAUGUUUCGGGUUUCCUGCGAUUCAAAGCCCAAAAAGAUGGCAGCAGCGAUCGGAGACGUACUGGGAGUCUCAUGAACACUAUCGUUGAGAAAAUGGGCGACGACGGUCGUACUUGUAUUCUCACUGACUCGGAGUCCGAUUUUAAGAAUGCCAUUCAAAAAGAAGUGACGAAUGUCUCUUCCGUGCUUCCAGGGACGCUCGUACAGGCCCUUGUGACGUCUGUAGUUCCGUCUGGUCUAGCCGUCCAAAUACUCGGUUCCUUUGAAGGGACUAUCGAUUUAUAUCAUUUACCCUCCUCCACAUCUGCUUCGGAGUUCAAAGUAGGGAAGAAGCUUAAAGCUCGCAUUCUGUAUGAUGUUGCUGGAACCAGUCCACCACGAUUUGCACUGAGCUUGAAAGAACAUGUGCUUACACUGGACGCUAAGAAGCGUAGUGCAGAAAGUGGCCAGUCUGUACAAGAGAGCUUCCCAGUUGGGACCAUGCUUAAAUCAGUGAAAGUAAAACGGGUGGAGCCAGAGAGGGGUUUAGUUGUCGGUGUGGAAGAAGACCUGGAAGGAUUUGUUCAUAUUUCUCAUGUCUCUGAUGACCAUGUUCCCUCUCUAUCAUCUAAUUCUGGUCCAUGGAAGAUCGGUACAUCGCGCCAAGCGCGUGUGGUUGGAUUUCACGCAUUAGACGGCAUCCUGCAACUAUCGUUUAGGCCUUCAGUGCUCUCGCAGAAGUUCUUACGGGUAGACGACGUUACCGUCGGCGAGCUUGUGAAAGGAACCGUGAAAAAGUUGACCGAAUCGUGUCUCUUCGUAUCGAUUAAUGGGAAUGUCGACGCUAUGAUUUGGCCAAAUCAUUAUGCAGAUAUAAUGCUAAAGCAUCCACAAAAGCGUUUCAAACCCGGUGGAACUCUGAAGUGUAGGGUACUCGUGGUUGAACCUGACCGCAAAAGGAUCAUGCUGACGGCAAAGAAAACACUGGUUGAAUCGGAUUUACCCAUAUUAUCAAAAAUAGAAGAUGCCGAAGCUGGUAUGGUGAUCCAUGGUACGAUAUGUAAAGUCCUGGAGAAGAGUCUCGUGGUGGAAUUUUACAACCAUCUUCGUGCUGUUGUCCCAGCACGGGAGGUCAGCGAGACACCUGUUACGAAUCUUGCUGAAUCUUAUGCGGUGGGAAAAUCGUUAAAGGUCUGCAUCGUAUCUGUAGACAGAGAAGCAGGUCGUAUAGUCGCAAGCAUCCGACAGGCAUUAGGGGAAUCUACUAUAGGUAACAUCAAGAGCGUAGAGGUCGGGCAGACCGUCUCUGGAACAGUACAAGAAGUGCAUGGCGACAAUGUCGUCUUAAUCCUUGAGCCAUCGCGGGCACGCGCUUUGAUUUCUCUGCAUAAUAUUGCAAACCGUCGGCGUAAAACAGUAGAGCAACUACGAUCGUCGAUCACGAGUGGCGAGAAAAUGGAGGAUCUAGUUGUCGUGUCGCGUAAUCUUGACAAGGGGAUCGUCAUCGUCGCAAACCGUCCCUCUCCGAAGGCUUCAUCAUCGAAGCAAGAACCGAUCGACUUAAGCGCGUUAUCAGAGGGUUCGACCGUUGUCGGCCGGGUUGUGAAGCUAGGUAAACAAGGUGCCGUUGUGAAAUUUGCGGGUAGAGUUACCGGUACUCUGCAUCCUCUUGAUACUACGGAUGACUUCGAGCGACUAAUCGCAAUGCCCGCGAUGGACUCUACGAUAACUGCAGCGAUUAUUGUAAUUGACCAGAAAGCGAAACGUCUCACAUUGUCGACGAGGCCGUCUAGGUUAGACCAGAAUGCUAAAGAGAAGGUCGUUGAUCUCGAAGUCCCGGGCAUUGAAGACUUGAAGGUUGGGCAAAGACUCAGAGGAUUUGUGAAGAAUGUCGCCGAACAUGGUGUCUUCGUGACUAUAGGGCGUGGAAUUGAUGCUCGCGUGCAGAUCAAGGAACUUUACGACGAGUAUGUCAAAGACUGGAAAAGUGGUUUCAAGGAGAAUCAGCUUGUCAGCGGACGAAUUUUAGGGAUCAACCGUGAAAAGAAACAAGUCGAAAUGACCUUCCGUUCUACCAAGACCUUACCUGAAAAGCCGGAAAAACUGCUGAGUGAUUUAACCGAGGGCCAGAAAGUCGACGGCAAAGUGAAGAAGGUUGAAGACUACGGAAUCUUCAUUUCUAUCGACGGCGCCAAGUUAUCCGGUCUAUGUCACAAAUCGGAGAUUACAGACAAUAAAGACGCGGAUGUCACAUUAGCCCUACGUCACUUCAGGGAAGGUGAUCCGGUAAAGGCCAUCGUCCUGUCAGUCGACACCGAAAAGCGCCACAUCUCCUUAGGCCUCAAGCCUUCAUACUUUUCCAAAGAGGAUUUAGAAUCACAGCCGGAAAAUAUGGAACCUGAUGCUGAAGUAGAUGGCGAUAUACAGAUGCAGGACGAAGUGAGCGGCGAAUCGGAUGCAGAGGAAAACAAAGUUAUCGAAGACGCUAGCGAGGAUGAGGAAGAUGAUAUCGAAAUGAUCGUCGACUCUUCUACUUUUGCCCCUCCUACUGUCGUUCCUGAUUCUCCAAAGCAAAACGCUCCUCUACUCGCUCCAGUCAUUGCACCUCAAGGUUUCCAAUGGACAAACGAACAACAACAAUCCGACGCUGAAGAGGCUACUUCGUCAUCAUCAGACGAAGACUCAGACGCACCGUCUGACAAAAAGCGUAAAAAGAAGAAGAAAAAGACGAUCGAGCAAGACCUAACAGCCGAUAUGCAAACACGAACACCAGAGUCCGUGGCAGACUUUGAACGCCAUCUACUCGCAUCCCCGAAUUCAUCCUUCCUCUGGAUCCAAUACAUGUCAUUCCAACUACAGCUCGCCGAGAUCGACAAGGCAAGGGAAAUUGGGAAACGCGCGCUGCAGGCGAUCAGUAUACGAGAGGAACAGGAGAAGCUGAAUGUCUGGAUUGCCCUUCUGAACUUGGAGAACACGUAUGGGACGGACGAAAGUCUGGAAGCUCUCUUUAGAGAUGCUGCAAGGCAUAACGAUUCAAAAACAAUUCAUUUACGACUUGCGAAUAUAUUUGAUCAGUCAGGCAAACCGGAGAAAGCGGAAGAGCAAUACAAACGCACAUGCAAGAAAUUCGGCCAGAGUUCAAAAGUCUGGACGCUCUUCGGCGAGCAUUAUCUACGACGUGGCCAAGCUGAUGAGUCCCGUAAACUAUUGCCUCGUAGUUUACAGAGCUUGGAAAAGAGAAAACACUUGAAGACGAUCUCGAAGUUCGCGCAACUCGAGUACAAGCUUGGCGAUCCCGAGAGGGGCAAGACGAUCUUCGAGGGCAUCGUAGAUUCACACCCAAAGCGUUGGGACUUAUGGUCCAUAUACGUGGAUAUGGAAGCUGGACAAAAGGACAUUCAGAGCGUACGAAACCUAUUCGAGCGCGUAUUCUCACACAAGAUGACCAGCCACAAAGCGAAGUCGUUCUUCAAGAAAUGGCUCGAGCUUGAACGGCGGAUUGGCGAUGAGGAAGGACAACGAAUCGUGAAGGAGAAGGCAAUUGAGUGGACUCAACGGACAGCUGCCCAAUCUUAACUUACAUCGCACCUCACUUGUCUUUGCACGUUUAUUUGUAUAAUCAAUCUGUCAAU